AUGAUAUACUUCCUCAUGAUAUACUUCCUCAUGAUAUACUUCCUCAUGAUAUACUUCCUCAUGAUUUCCUUCUGCCAGGUAAACCUACUUUGCAGUUAACAUUUAAUUGAGAAGGUUUUGGGGAAUGUAUUUUCUGUCAACCCACGAAAGGUUAUCUCACCAACUGGCUACACACAGCUACUGGUAGGCGAUCGACCUGUGGGAGACCCCUGAUAUAGGGCAUUACUGGGCCCCAAUACCCAUGGGUAGAAUAAAUGGUUCCCACCAUAGAAAUGUUACUAUUGUAUGUAUGGCUAUUUAACCCUCAAAACACAGGGGGGAGAUUAAAUAUGAAAUACCUUCCUGUUUGUGAGUAGUGGAGAUGAGAUGGGAUUAGAAUGGGUGGAGGGAAGGAGAGGAAUGUUAAUAGCCUCGGGGAGAAAGGGAAUUACAACUUGUUAAAAAUAAGUAUCCCUAAUGUAAGACUUUUUCUCCCUCUCUCUCUCCUUCCCUAUCUUUCCCUCUCUCAUUUCCUCCAUCCAUACCUAUUUUCCCCUUCCCUCUAUCCCUCCCUCUCUCUUUCUCCAUCCCUCCCUCUCACCCUCUUUCCCUUCUCCUUCCUCCCUCCAUCCCUCAUUUCUCCUCCCCUCUUUCCCUUCUCUCCCUCCCUCCAUCUCUCCCACAGAGACAGCCGCAAAGGCGUUUGGUAUACCCCUCUCCCAGGCGAUAGCCAACGACCGGGCGUACAAGCAGCGCCAGGAUGCUCUGAAGGUUGGUCGUUUUCUACAUUACAUUUACAUUUACGUCAUUUAGCAGACGCUCUUAUCCGGAGCGACUUACAAAUUGGAUUGUUUUACUGUAAAGUGGGAAAAAGACAGUAAAAACUCAGCAGUGUGUCUAGAUCCAGGUGAACAACUAAGUAUCCAAAAACAAGUAUAAAAACCUCCCGCUAGAAAAGACAGAAGAACAACCUUUGAAGGGAUAGUGCGAGAUUCUGGCGAUUUAAGCCCUUUUUCUACUUACCCAGAGUCCAGUAUGAAGGAAGUUGAAGGUAGUUUUGUGAGCCAAUGCUAACUAGCAUUAGCUCAAUGACUGGAAGUCUAGCGGAACAGCCUGCAUGCUGGCUCGCGAAACUACCUUCAACUUCCUUCAUACUGGACGCAGAGACAAAAAAAAAAUGGCAUCCAUGAGUUUAUCUGACUCUGGGUAAGAAUAAAAAGGGUAAUUGUCAAAUUCUCACACUAUUUUACUGUUAAAGUGUGUUGCGAUUGAUUUGAUUUGAGUGUAAAAAGUUUGAUCUGAUUUGCUCUGAAGGAGAGCAGAAGAGACUGUCUGGAUCUGGAGGCCAGCGUCCUGAUGUUCCGGGCUGAGAAACGGCAGCAGAGCAACGGGAACAAACCCCUCUGCAGCACGGCUUCGUCACCCUUCAGUGGAGCUACAGCUUCAUCUUCAUCAUCCUCGUUAGCACUGGAGCUGCACAGCAAACCACUCUCUCCCAGGUUCCUGGAUAACACGGCUAGAGUGCAGAGACGGGUGAGUUGGAGUUGGGGACCGCACACAAACACAUGAACACACACACACACACACACAUGCACGCACACACACACUAAAACACACACAGUGAGAAAGUUUGGGCUGAAAUAUGCUGACCUCUUCUGGGCUUUCGAAAGAGCUGUCAAAAGUGCUACAAACAUUUGUCGACUACGACUUUCAAAACAUGACCAUGUUACCAUACAGUGCCUUCAGAAAGUAUUCACACCCCUUUAAGUUUUCCACAUUUUGUUGUGUUACAGCAUGAAAAUUGAUUACAUUUGUAUGUCACUGGCCUACACACAAUACCCCAUAAUGUCAAAGUGGAAUCAUGUUUUUCGCAUUUGUUACCGAUUAAUUAAAAAUGUAAAGCUGAAAUGGCUUGAGUCAAUUAGUAUUCAUCUCCUUUGUUAUGGCAAGCCUAAAUAAGUUCAGGAGUAAAAAUGUGCUUAACAAGUCACAUACAAAGUUGCAUGGAAUAGUGUUUAACUAUAUUUUUUGAUGACUACCUCAUCUCAGUACCCCAUAUAUACAAUUAUCUGUAAGGCCCCUCCUUCAAGCAGUGAAUUUCAAACACAGGUUCAACCACAAAGACCAGGGAGGUUUUCCAAUGCCUCGCAAAGAAGGGCACCUAUUGGUAGAUGGGUAAAAAAAAAAGCUGACAUUGAAUAUCCCUUUGAGCAUGGUGAAGUUAUUAAUUACACUUUGGAUGGUGUAGCAAUACACCCAUUCACUACAAAGAUACAGGCGUCCUUCCUAACUCAGCUGCCGGAGAGGAAGGAAACCGCUAAGGGAUUUCACCAUGAGGCCAAUGGUGACUUUAAAACAGUUACAGAGUUUAAUGGCUGUGACAGGAGAAAACUGAGGAUGGAUCAACAACAUUGUAGUUACUCCACAAUAGUAACCUAAUUGACAGAGUGAAAAGAAGGAAGCCUGUACAGAAUAAAAAUAUUCCAAAACAUGCAUCCUGUUUGCAACAAGGCACUAAAGUAAAACUGCACAAAAUGUGGCAAAGAAAUUAACUUUAUGUCCUGAAUACAAAGCGUUAAAGUAUGUUUGGGGCAAAUCCAACACAACACAUUACUGAGUACCAUCAAGCAUAGUGGUGACUGCAUCAUGUUAUGGGUAUGCUUGUCAUCGUGAAGGACUGGGGAGUUUUUUAGGUUAAAAAAGAAACGCAAUGGAGCUAAGCACAGGCAAUCCUGUAAAGGAGGUAGUGAGUACUACUCCCCCUGAUUCGGCACAUACCUGGCUCCAACUCGGGACCUCUGCUUCACUAACACUCUUGACUGGCCUCCCUCAAGCGUCUCUACCGUUGCGGCACUCAAAAGCUAGCUAUUGAGCAGCGCAAACUUGGGCACUUAAAGCUGAGGAGUACGUUUCACAUGUUUCUGGAUGUGAUACAUUACAUCCAAGAGAUAAAAGGAAGUUGACUCAUCAUUUGGCGCAGAUGGACUUGGCAGUAGCAGACUCUUGUUUAUAUGCACACAUGCACGCACACACACACACACACACGCACGCACGCACGCACACACACACACACACACACACACACACACACACACACACACGCACACAACACACACACACACACACACACACACACACACACACACACACACUACUUGACCCCUCCUGGGAAAGAUGGAUUCACAGGAAAACAGGAAUCAAAGGGAACUAAUAAAUUAGUCAUGAGCAAUGUUCCCUCUAAACUGCGCACGGCACUUCCUCCAGGACUGCUGCGCAGAAGAAAUGCCAUGCCGCGCAGAGUUUUUGUGAUCGAAUCAACAUUACAGCAGCCUCUUUUCAAUCCAACAAAACAAAUACUAACUUUGCAAGAUUGAGUCUGUGAUUGUGUUGUAGGCAGAGCGAGAGCGCAAUGGGGUAGAAUUCUAUUGGCGGCGGUCUUUCAAUCACCCGCGAGUGAAUGCACUUUUCAGAUCAGUUCAGAUCAGAGCGCAGAGCCUCGCGUGUGCACGUUUGUUGAUAUUCUUUGCUAGUUAGCGAGUUAUUAGCCCAGUUAUAGAGAAGUAUAGGUCAGCAAUGGGGAGUUACUGCUUCCUACAAGAGCACAAAACAUGGAGGCUACAUUUCAAGCUGUCUUUGAAAAUCCAGUCAGGCAAAAAGCGUAUGCCUUAAUUAAAGGCCAGUGUUGUAUUUUGAGACAGGCUUGAAUAUGCAAAUAAGCCAAUAGGCAGAGGGGGUAGCCUACAUUGUCUAAUUCUCUGAAUGGUAAUGAUAAUUACUUUUAUUUUGUAAAGUGGUUUCUUGUAUCAUACAACGGAAUUUACAGUCACCUAUUUGAGCCAUGGUGUUACAGACCAAGUAAAAAAGUCAUUCAUGUCAAGCCCUUCAUAAUUUAAAAACGUUUUUAAAAGUCUCAUGCAGUGUAGGCCUGCAUUGAACACCACAUAUAGGCUACUGUAGGCUAUGUCAUAUUAAUCAAAAGCUAUUUUCAUGUGAAAAUGUUAUGGGAUUUGCCCCAUUGGUUUAGUUGGUAGGCCUACAGUACAUUAUGCUCAAAUAGCCACAAUAGCCUAUUGGCUACUGUCUAAAACUGUAAGGGUACAGCCUCCGUGUUCACUGAGAACGCGCGAUGGAAGUAGCACAAAAUUAUCACAAAAUGUUCAAGAUUCCGCUCACAAGACCUAAAAUUUGCUCAGUGCCCCAAAAAAUGUGACAGAACAUUGGUCAUGAGAACAAUCUCCUGAAGAGACCCAACAACAUUUCACCAAAUAAUAAACAUUUAUUUAUACUUUUAUUGUUUAUUUCUAAAGAUGUAUAAUCUCAUUAUUUUAAUGGGUUAUUGGACAGUCAAGGAAAAUGUAAUAUGCAUCCCUACAGUACUUGGAUAGUUCAGCAAGAAAGCCUUUAUGGCAACUGCCAGAAUUUUGCAAAACGUUUUUACAGAUCAACUAACGGAAAGCUUUUUUUGAAAUCCAGGAGAAAUAUUGUUGAAAUCCUCUGCCUUCCCUUCCCUUUCCCCACUGUCUCUACCGUUCCUCUGUUUACUCGCUCACUCCCUCCUUCACUUCCUUCACUCCCUCUCUUUCCUUCAUAUCCAUAUACUUUCCUAAUGUUCCUCUCUUCCUCCCUUCUGUCUCUCUUUCUCUCUUUCUCUCCCUCUUUCCCCCUUUCCCUCUCUUUCACUCUCUCUCUCUCUCUCUCUCUCUCUCUCUCUCUCUCUCUCUCUCUCUCUCUCUCUCUCUACUCCUCUCCCUCUCUGUCUCUCUCUCUUCUCUCUCUCUCUCUUCUGUCUCCUCUCUCUCUUUUUUUUGUCUCUCUUCCCACCUUUCCCCUCUACAGGGUGGCCUAUCAGUGGACUGCAUCUCAGAUCUUGUAGAGAGUCAGUCCCGCCUGUUGGAGGCGCUGCAGCUGUCCCACCCUGCAGAGCUGGAGCUGAAGAAGACUGCAGCCGGAGCCGGGGGGCGGAGCCAGACCAAGCUCAGCCUCAACCCCAUCUAUAGGCAGGUCCCCCGCCUGGUGGAACGCUGCUGCUGUCACAUAGAGAGACACGGUGAGUGUGUGUUGUAAGUGUGUGUGUCGUUUAAUUUAAAAAAAAAAAAAAUGUUUAAUUUAUUUAGUUUUUUCUAUCAGGCACAAAUAUUUAAUUACACAAAUUAUCAGCGAUCAACAACUUACAUCACUACAUCAAACAUGUCACACAAAACAAAACACAGGUAAAAGCAAGAAAAUACUUUAAAUACAUACAAAAAAUAUUGAAUUCACUCAGGAAAAAAUCGAAUUAUAAUGAUUGAAGAAGAUGUUAUUCUUUUUGUAAUUAACUAUGGAUAAAGUCUUAACAACAUGAUUAAAUUCAAUCACAGAUAUUUGUAAUUUUGUUAUAGCAUUCUGGAAUUUAUGUUUGUGUAUAAAGUAUCUGGCAACAAGAAUAAAUGGUCUUCAAUGGUCUUCUUAUCAUUGCAAUAGUAACAUAUUAAAUCCUUAAUGUCAAAAACAUGGGUAGUGUUCAAAAAGCUAAAUAUGUACUCUGCAAGGUUUUCCGAAAAAUCUAUCACAGAUUUACAGUCAUAGAACAAGUGUGUAAGAUUUUCUUUUUCGCAGAAAACACAGAUAUCAUCAAUAUCAAAAAUGUCGGACAACAUAGAAUUACAUGGAUAUACCGUAUCUUAUGUAGAAUCUUAAACUGCACUUCCUUAAAUUUGUUUGGUAUACAGUAUUUGUAAGGCAUCAACCAAGCUUUUUUUCCCCAGACAAUGUCAGGAAUAAACAUGUUCCAAAAUGUUUUACCUCUAGGCGUAAAUUGGUUCCUUGAAUGGAACAUUUGUGUUAUGUAUUUGUUACAACAAUAUUUCUCAAGUCAGCCCACGUCUUCCAAGCUGAGUUCUGGAUAAGCUCUGUGAUCAUCACCAACGACAUUAAAGCUUGUUGGUGAAACCUAACCAAUUUAGCGGGUAAUCUUUUGGGAAAAUAAUUACAUUUCAGUAAAAAUGGAAGACCUCCCAACUUAUUAAACACAUUGCUUGGAAUGAAAUACCAAAUUGAUUCUGUAUUUGACCAAAUAUCUUUUCAACCAAAUGAUCUUGAAAGUGUUAUUUAUGUCAACAAAAUCCAACACUUCCAUUUUUUUAUUUGAUAGGACUGACUUUUUCAGUUUGUGAGACUUAUUUUUUCCAGCUGAAGUCAAGAAAGGUAUUGUCCACAUCACCAACAAACUAUCAUGGUCCAAACACACCAAGACAGUCGUGAAGAGGGCACGACAACACCUAUUCCCCCUCAGGAGACUGAAAGGAUUUGCCAUGGGUUCCCAGAUCCUCAAAAGGUUAUACAGCUGCACCACCAAGAGCAUCCUGGUAUGGCAACUGCUCGGCAUCCGACCGUAAGGCACUACAGAGGGUAGUGCGUACGGCCCGGUACAUCACUGGGGCCAAGUUUCCUGCCACCCAGGACCUCUAUACCAGGCGGUGUCAGAGGAAAGCCCAAAACAUUCUCAAAGACUCCAGCCACCCUAGUCAUAGACUGUUCUCUCUGCUACCGCACAGCAAGCGGUACCGGAGCACCAAGUCUAGGUCCAAAAAGCUCCUUAACAGCUUCUACCCCCAAGCCAUAAGACUGCUGAACAAUUAAUCAAAUGGCCACCCGGACUAUUUGCAUUGCUGCUACUCGCUGUUUAUUAUCUAUGCAUAGUCACUUUACCCCUACCUACAUGUACAUAUUACCUCAAUUACCUCGACUAACCUGUAACCCCGCACACUGACUCUGUACCGGUACCCCCUGUAUAUAGCCUUGUUAUUGUUAUUUUAUUGUGUUAUUUUUUUUUUUACUUUAGUUUAUCUUAACUCGUAGUUUCUGUAUUGUUGGUUAAGGGCUUGUAAGUAAGCAUUUCACUGUAAGGUCUACACCUGUUGUAUUCGGCACAUGUGACAAAUACGAUUAGAUUUGAUCUCUUUAGAGGUAGUGGGAUUUACAAAUAAAGACAAUGAGGGGUUCACAACGUGAGACGGUCCCUCUAUCUUGGACAGAAGCACUCUCCCAAGUAUACAUCCCUUUGUACCCAAUUAUUAAAUAUAUUCUUGGUUUUCUUAAUUUUAGGCUAAGUGAUUUUUUAGAUAGAUGUGUUCCUAAAUAUUUCACACAGUCCUUUAGAGGAAUAUUGUUUAUUUCUGUAUUGUCUGAGAGUCAUAUAAACAUACGAUUUCAGAAACACCAGAUAGAGAAUGCAGUGAUGUCAUUAAGGGCAUGGGCGACCUGGUCUUUGUCUUAAAAAAAAAAAAGAAUGUUAUCGUCAGCCAGUUGGGGAAUUUUGAUUUCUCUGUCAAAAAUGGAUAAACCAUGCAAAUUUGCGUUAUUCAGAAUAUCUAGAGAUAGAAGUUCCACUACAAAAAUGAAUAAAAAAGGCGAAAUUGGGCAUCCCUGUCGUACACAUCUUUUGGAUGUAUUAAGGUUUAGUAUCACAGAACUAUUUAUAUCUUUGUAAAACAUGCGAAUGACUUCAAUAAAAUGUCCACCAAAACCAAAAAGUUUGAGACCGAAAGAGAAAUUCAUGUUCAAUUGUGUCAAAGGCUUUUAUUGAAGUCUGAAAAUAAAAUAUCAUCUGAGCCAAUUGCAUCUGAAUAAUCCAUAAAGUCCAAGACUAAACAAAUGUUGGAAUUGAUGUGACGGCCCUUCAUAAAGCCUGCUUGAAUAUCAUUUAUAAUGUUAUCUAUUACUUUCUUUAGUCUUUUGGCAUAAACCAGAGCAAUCAAUUUGUAAUCAAUAUUUAAUAAAGUGUGUGUAGGUGUGUGUGUGUAUAUAAAGCCAUUUUUACAUCAGCAUUUGUCCCAAGUGCUGCACCUUUAGCGGCAUUGGCAGAAAGCGCAUGUUUCUAGUUUUCCGGGAUACACUAUUUUCAACCUUACUUCCGUUUUCCUCAGGCGUCUUUCUACGCCUGCUAUGUUAGGUUACAAGUGCUGUUACCCAGCCUAAAACCCCAAAGAGAGACGCAGUGGCCAUGAUAAACUGCCAAGAAGGCAGGAACAUAGGAAGAAACCUAGAGAGGACGCAGAGUCAGAGGGCUGUCCUCUUCUGGCUCUACCUUCAUCAUAGGAAUCCAUUCGUAACACAGAUUAUGGUUGUGUCCAGUUAUAUCAAUACAGCCUAUGAGUUAGACACAGAGGAUACAAUGAACCACCAACUGUUAUUAAAUGUCAACUUUGUCUUCUUAGGGCUACAAACUUUGGGGAUCUUUCGUGUUGGCAGCUCCAUAAAGAGAGUUCGGCAGGUGAGCCUUUUGUUUUUUUGCAUUUCCACAUUACAUUUACAUUUUAGUCAUUUAGCAGACACUCUUAUCCAGAGUGACUUACAGUUAGUGAAUACAUAUUUUUUUUACACUGGCCCCCCGUGGGAAUCGAACCCACAACCCUGGCGUUGCAAACGCCAUGCUCUAUCAACUGAGCUACAUCCCUGCCGGCCAUUCCCUCCCCUACCCUGGACGACGCUGGGCCAAUUGUGCGCCGGCCCAUGAGUCUCCCGGUCGCGGCCGGCUGCGACAGAGCCUGGAUUCGAACCAGGAUCUAGUGGCACAGUGAUGCAGUGUCUUAGACCACUGCGCCACUCAGGAGUUUAGUUUACACGUUAGCCUAUGUACUGUAGUGAUUUAUACCUACUGGGUGUGUUGAUGUACUGCAGUGAUUUAUACCUACUGGGUGUGUUGAUGUACUGCAGUGAUUUAUACCUACUGGGUGUGUUGAUGUACUGCAGUGAUUUAUACCUACUGGGUGUGUUAAUGUACUUUUCAGUGAUUAACCUUGGGGGUUUUUUUUUUUUACUGCCGUGAUUUUUACCAAUGGGUUUUUUAAUGUACUGCCCGGAUUUAUACCUACUGGGUUUUUGUUAAUUUUUACGCGUGAUUUUUUAACCCCCAAAGGGGUGUUAAUGUUUUUUUAAAUUUUUUGGGUUUAUGUUGUGGCAGGUUGUGUUUCCCCCCCUGCUGUUUAAACCCCGGGCCGUUGAAAAUGUAAUUUCCUGUUUUUUAAAAGGGGCUCACAUGGGGAAAAAUGUCUUUUUUACUGGGGUGUGUAAACCGGGGGAAUUUUUUUGAUUUUGUUUAGUGUAUGUCUUUUUUCUGAUUUUUGUGUGUGUUUUGUGUGUGUGGUGUGUGUGUUUUUGGGACUCUCAUAUGGGUUUCUUCAAAUUUUGUAUUUUUGGGGUUGUGGAAACCACUACCUUUGGGGUGCGUGUAAUUUUGCUUUUUUUCUAAUAUUUGGGUUUUUGGGGGUGUGUGUGUGUGUGUGUGUGUGUGUGUUGGGGUUUUUUUUGCCCCUUCAGCGGGGUGAGGACUUUUGACAAAGGGGAAAAGAUGUAGUCUGGAUGAGGAGCCCCCAAAUGUCCAUGAUGUGGCGGUUCCCGAAGGGGGUUCCUUUAGAGAAAAGCCGACCCCCUUUCUCCCAAAGAGCUCUCCGGGUGCCCUUUCCCCCACGCCAAACCCACACACCCCCCCACCCCUGACCCCUCUACUGCCCAGAGAGCUCUACGCUGGGCCCUUCCCCCCACGCCCAAACCCUACGGCCCACACACACACAACCCUGACCCCCCCACCCCGAGAGCUCUACCCGCCUUCCUCCCCGCCCCAAACCCUACGACACACACCCCACACACCCUGACCCUCUCUGCCCAAGAGCUCUACGUGCCUUUCCCCCACCCCAAACCCACGACACACCCACCCCAAAACCCCGACCCUCUUGCCCCCGAGAGCUCUACCUGCCUUCCCCCACGCCAACCCUACGACACAACACAAAACACCCCCGACCCCCUUAAAUGCCAGAAAAGGGUCUACGCUGCCUUCCUCCACGCCAAAACCCUUUCGACACACACACAACCAAAACCCCGACCCUCUACUUGCCCCGAGAGCCCCUUUCGCUGCCCUUUCCCCCACCCCCAACCGUACGACCACACACCACACCAAACCCUGACCCCUCUAAUGCCCAGAGAGCUCUAAAGCGGCCCUUUUCCCACGCCAACCCUCGACAAAAACCCCACACCAAAACCCUGACCCCCUACGCCCAGAGAGCUCUACGCUGCCUUCCCCCCGCCAACGUAAAGACCCCAACCCCACAAAAACCCCACCCUGACCCUCUACUGCCCCAAAGUCUACGCUGCCUUCCCCCAAAGCCAACCGUACGACCACACAAAACACAAAACACCCUGACCCCCUACUGCCCAAAGGGGCCUUUCGCUGCCUUCCUCCACGCCAACCGUAAAGACCCACCACACCCCACACACACCCUUGGGCCCCUUUCUGCCCAAAAGCUCUACGCUUUCCUUUCCUCCAAGCCAACCGUACGACACACCCACACAAAACACCCCACACCCUGACCCUCUAUGCCCAAAAGCCCGCUGCUGCCCUUUCCCCCACGCCAACCGUACGACACAAACCCCCAAAACACACACAAACCCUUUACCCUCUACGCCCAGAGAGCUCUAAGCUGCCCCUUUUCCACGCCCCAAAAAACGGGGCCCACACACAAAAAAAACACCCUGACCCCCCCUGGGCCCCGAGAGCUCUAAAGCUGCCUUCCUCCACCCCCCCAACCCUACGACAACACCCCCCCACAAAAAACCGGGCCCUCUAAAUGCCCGAGAAACUCUACGCUGCCUUUCCCCCACGCCAACCGUGACACAAAAACAAACACAACACCCUGAACCCCCUAAUGCCCCGAAAAGCUCUAAGUCCCUUUCCCCCCCGCCAAACCCUAAAAAAAACACACACAACACACACCCGACCCCCUACUGCCCCCCGAGACCCCUUUCGCUGCCCUUUUCCCCCAAAGCCAACCGUAAGACCCCACACACCACCCCAAACCCCGACCCUCUAAAUGCCCAAAAGAGCUUACGCUUUUCCUCCCCCACGGGCCCCCCGUACGCACCAACCACACACACACAAACCCUGACCCUUACUGCCCAGAGAGCCCCCUAAGCUGCCCUUUCCCCCACGCCAACCGUACACACAAAACAACACACACACACCCUGAAAAACCCCUACUGCCAAAGAGCUCUACGCUGCCUUCCUCCAGCCAAAAUUCCGACCCCCAACACCCCACACCCACACACCCUGACCCUCUACGCCCCCAAAAGCUCUCCCCUGGGCCCUUUCCCCACGCCAAAAACCCUACGACACACACACACCAACACCCUGACCCUCUACUGCCCAGAGAGCUCUACGCCUUUCUUUCCCCCAAGCCAACCGUACACCACACAAACACACACACACUCUACCCCCCUAAUGCCCGAGAGCUCUACGCUGCCCUUUCCCCCACGCCAAAAAUAAAGAACACACAAAACACCCACCCCUGACCCCCCCUACGCCCAAAAGAGCUCUACGCUGCCUUUCCCCCCCACGCCAACCCUUAAAGAACCCCACCCCACCACACCACCCCGGGCCCCUUAUGCCCAAGACUCUACGUGCCUUUCCCCCCAAGGCCAACCCUACGGGGCAACCCCACAAAACACACCCACACCCCGACCCUUUUACUGCCCAGAGAGCUCUACCCUUUCCUUCCCCCAAAGCCAACCGUACACACACCCCAAAAAACCCCCCCCACACACCCUGACCCCCCACUGCCCAGAGAAACUCUAAAGUGCCUUUCCCCCCCCGCCAACCGAAACUAACCGUCUCUGUUCCCCCUUUGGGGAUCUAACCCCCUCUCUUCCCUCUGGGGUAAUUAACCCCCUUGUUUCCCCUGUGGGUAUCUAAACCCCACUCUGUCCCCCUUGUGGGUUUUUUAACCCCUCUCUGUCUCCUUUUGGGGGUAUUAAACCAACCCCCCCCUGGGCUCCCCCCCGUGGGUAUUUAAAACCCCCCCUCUGUCCCUGGUUGGGGAUCUUUAAACCCCUUUUUUUUUCUGUCUCCUUGUGGGGGAUUAACACCCCCUUUGUCUUCGGGGGGAUCUAACCCCUCUCUGUCUCCUCUGUGGGUACUUUAAACCCCCCCUUGUUCCAUGUGGGAUUAAAACCCUCUCUGUCCCCCCUUGUGGGUAAACUAACCCGUCUCUGUUCUCCUUUGGGUAUCUAACCCGGGUUUUGUUUCUGUGGGGAUUUAACCCCCCUUUUCGUCUCCUCUGUGGGAUCUAAACCCCCCUCUGUCUCCUCUGUGGGGAUCUAACCCGUUCUGUCUUCUGUGGGUAUCUAACCUGGCUUUUUUUGUGGGUUCUUAAAACCCCUCUCUGUCCCCCUCUGGGGGUAUCAACCCUUUUUGUCCCCCCCUCUGUGGGGAUUUAAACCCGUCUUCCCGUCCCUCUGGGGGUAUCCCAACCCGCUCGUCUCCUCUGGGGUAACCCAAACACCCCUUUCUUUCUCCCUGUGGGUUCUAAACCAGUCUAUUCUCCUCUGUGUGGUAUCUAACCCGUCUCUGUCCUCCUCUGUGGGUAUCCUAACCCAGUCCUCUGUCUCCUCUGUUGGUAUCUAACCCGUCUCUGGUCUCCUCUGUGGGUAAUCUAACCCGUCUCUGUCCUCCUCUGUGGGUAUCUAACCAGUCUCUGUCUCCUCUGUGGGUAUCUAACCCGUCUCUGUCUCCUCUGUGGGUAUCUAACCCGUCUCUGUCUCCUCUGUGGGUAUCUAACCCGUCUCUGUCUCCUCUGUGGGUAUCUAACCAGUCUCUGUCUCCUCUGUGGGUAUCUAACCCGUCUCUGUCUCCUCUGUGGGUAUCUAACCCGUCUCUGUCUCCUCUGUGGGUAUCUAACCCGUCUCUGUCCUGUAGUUCUGCGAGGGACAGACCAGUUCCAGUACCUGCAGCUGAUGCUCUACCUGUUACCGGCCUGUAACUGUGAUACCCUGCUCCGCCUCCUCACCCUGUUACACACCGUACAGAGCCACGCAGAGGACACCACGGGACCACAGGACCAGGUGGUUAGUGUCCAAGUGUGUGUUGUGUUGUGUUGUGUGUGUGUGUGUGUGUGUGUGUGUGUGUGGACGUGUUUAACUAAAACAUUUGACCAGCUGGGGACAUUUUGUUGGUCCCCAUGAGGUCAAAUGAUAUUUCUAGGGGGUUUAGGGUUAAGGUUAGAAUUAGUGUUAGAAUUACGUUAAGGGUUAGGAGCUAGGGUUAGUUUUAGGGUUAGGGUUAGGAGCUAGGGGUAGGUUUAGGUUUAGGGAUGAUGUUAGGUUUUUGGGUUAAGGUUAGGGUUAGGGGUUAAGGAAAAUAGGAUUUUGAAUGUGAUUGAAUUGUGUGUCCCCACAAGGUUAGCUGUACAAGACUUGUGUGUGUGUGUGUGUGUGUGUGUGUGUGUCUGUCUAUCAUUCUGUUCACCUGUCUAUCUCUUUCCCUGUCAGCUUAUGUCUGUUUCUCUAUUUUUCUGUCUUUCUCUGUCAGCAUCUGUCCAUCCUCAACAAGUCAGCUUCUCUCUCUCUCACACUCAAGAGGAGAGAACAUAAUGGAUUUUGGGUUCAAACUUAACCCUCCUAACCCUCUCUCUUUUUGUCUCUGUCUCUCACUGCAUAUUCUCUCUCUAUAUCGAUUUCGUCUACUCUACUUAUCUUGUCUAACUAUCUCUAGCAUCAUAUAUACUCUCAUCUACAUUCUCUCUCUUCUCUCUCUCUUCUCUCUCUCUCUCUCUCUGUCUCUGGUCCCUCUCUCUCUCUCCUCUGUCUCUGUCCUUCUCUCUCUCUCUCUUCUCUUCUCUCUGUCCUCUUCUUCUCUCUCAUCUGUCCUCUCUCUCGGUCUCUCUUCUGUCCCUCGUCUUGUCUCUCUCUCUGUCCCUCUCUCUGUCCUCAUGUCUUCUGUCUAUCUGUCCUUCCUCUCCUGUCUCUUCUCUCUCUCUGUUCCCUUUCUCUCCCUCUCUCUGCUCUCUCUCUCUCUCUCUGUCUCUGUAGCUUAUACUGUAACUAGCCUAGCCUGAACAGUAGGUAGACCUAAUAUGUGGUCAUUCCCCCUAACCCCCCUCUCUCCCCUCUCACUGCAGUUCCCAGGCAACAAGAUGACAGCGACCAACCUGGCGGUGAUCUUUGGUCCCAACCUGUUGCAGGGGGAAAGGGGCGGAGGGGACAGGGAGAUGAGUCCUCACGCCAUGGGCAUCGAGGACAGCACCGCCAUCAUCAACGUCACCCUGCACCUUAUACAGAACUACAGGCGACUGUUCACGGUACGAAGUGUGCAUAAGGGGGGGGUUUUGUGUGUGUGGUGUGUGUGUGUGAGGUGGGGUGGGGUGGGGUGGAGGCGGUGUGUGUGUGUGUGUGUAAAUCUCCUGUCCUCUUCUCCCCAGGUGUCAGCAGAGCUCCAGCAAGAGGUGCUGAUGAGUCUCAUUCAGACAGAUCCUGACAUCAUCGACUAUCUCCUCCGCAGGAAACUCAGGUAGGUGUAUUUCAGGGCCCAUAUUUACAAAGAGUCUCAGAGUAGUUCCCCUUGUCUAUUCUUAUUUAUUAUGAUCUAAAAGGCAAAACUGGUCCUGGAUCAGCACAUCAGUUGUGUCUGAAUCCCAGUGUUGUGUGUUUUAUUGAGUAUGUGUAUAUAUCUUUAUCACCAGCACUGCAAGACUUUCUGCAACGUGGAUAAUAAAAUACUCUCACCUCUACCUAAAACGAGAGAAAAAGGGCAGCCCCCAAGAAGGGAAAAAACAAACCCUCUAAAAAACCUCACUCUCCCCCCCUAAAACCCAACUAGAAAAAAAACAAAAAAAAUACCCUUUCCUCCUCCCCCCUCCUUCCUCCCCUUCUCCCCCCCACCUCUCCUCUCCCCUCCCUCUCCUACAUCUCCCCUCCUCCCUCUCCUCCUCCCUCUCCUCCCUCUCCCCCUCACUCUCCUCCCUCCCACGGUGACAGUCACCUGGCGGUGGGGACAGUAGACUCUACGGGGGGUCGGCGGGACACGGGGGUGUCUCUGGACUCUGUGGGGGUGUCCAGUGGUAGCCUGUCACCCCUGGAGCCCCCCUCGCCCCUCUAUAACCUGUCCCCCCUGGAGACCCCCUCGCCCCUCUAUAACCUGUCCCCCCUGGAGCCCCCCUCGCCCCUCUAUAACCUGUCCCCCCUGGAGCCCCCCUCGCCCCUCUUCAACCCGGACGGGCCCGGGGACGGCAGCCUGACCAGUGAGGUGUUCUUUAACCUGGACGCCCUACGACACCACAAUAACAAGAAACGUAAGUCACGGGUCAUAGAGGGGUGUCACGCCCUGGCUCUGGGGACUCUCGUAUGUUGAGCCAGGGUGUUUAUUUUGUUUAGGUUCUAGUCGUUGUCUAUCUAUGUUGGCCUGAGUGACUCCCAAUCAGAGGCAACGAGUGUCAGCUGGUUGUCUCUGAUUGGGAGCCAUAUUUAACUGUCUGUCUUUCACUUUGUGUUUGUGGUUUCUUGUUCGUGUUGGUUUGUGUUUAAACCAUAGACGUCACGUUUUUCGUUUGUUGUUUUGAUCGUGUGAUCAUUAAAUAAAUAUAAUAUGUUCACCUUCAACGCUGCGCCUUGGUCUCUCCAUGACGAUCGUGACAGAAGAAACCACCAAAACCAGACCAAGCAGCGUGUCCAGGAGCCAUCGCUAGCAGAUCUCCGUGGCAACCUCGACUGGGUCAAGCCUAGUGAGGAGCAGAGAGGGUGGACUUGGGACCAGUUGAGGAAGAGCUUCGACUGGGUCAAGCCCAUUGAGGAGCUGAAUGGCGGGAGUUGGAGACAGAGGAGCGAGAGUUGGGCGAGAACGAUGGAGGCCUGGCCCACGGGGAGGAGAGACCCCCAGAAAUUUUUUAGGGGGGGGCUCACGACGUCGGGGCAGCAGGAGGCCGCGAUAGAGCGGUCCAGCGGGUUGGCAGAGGAGGCCGCCAGGUUACGGGAGUCACUGGUCACCAGGGGGAAGGAGGUUGUAGAGGCACGGCGAGAGGUACUGGCGUGUGUUGCCAGUCCGGUCCGGCCUGUUCCUGAUCCCCACGUAGGGCCAGUGGUGUGUGUUCCCAGUACGGUCCGGCCUGUUCCUGCCACUCCCACCAAGUCAGUGGUGCGUUUCGUCAGCCCGGCGCGGCCCGUUCCUGCUCCCCGCACCAAGUCAGUGGUGCGCGUCGUCAGCCCGGUCCGGCCCGUUCCUGCUCCCCGCACCAAGUCAGUGGUGCGCGUCGUCAGCCCGGUCCGGCCCAUUCCUGCUCCCCGCACCAAGUCAGUGGUGCGCGUCGUCAGCCCGGUCCGGCCCAUUCCUGCUCCCCGCACCAAGUCAGUGGUGCGCGUCGUCAGCCCGGUCCGGCCCAUUCCUGCUCCCCGCACCAAGUCAGUGGUGCGCGUCGUCAGCCCGGUCCGGCCCAUUCCUGCUCCCCGCACCAAGUCAGGGGUGCGCUUCGUCAGCCCGGUCCGGCCCAUUCCUGCUCCCCGCACCAAGUCAGGGGUGCGCUUCGUCAGCCCGGUCCGGCCCAUUCCUGCUCCCCGCACCAAGGCAGUGGUGCGCUUCGUCAGCCCGGCUCGGCCCGUUCCUGCUCCCCGCACCAAGUCAGUGGUGUGCUUCGUCAGCCCAGUCCGGCCUGUCCCUGCUCCACGCACCAAGCCUACGGUGUGCGUCGUCAGCCUGGUAAGGCCCGUUCCUCCUCCACGCACCAAGCCAGGGGUGCGCGUCGUCAGUCCAGCACAACCCGUGCCUGGGUCAUGUCCGGAGCCGGAUCCGCCACUGAGGCGGAGUGCCCACCCGGUCCCUCCCCUGUUGUGGUUGGUUGGCGCGGUCGGAGUCCGCGCCUUUGGGGGGGGGGGGGGGGGGUACUGUCACGCCCUGGCUCUGGGGACUCUCGUAUGUUGAGCCAGGGUGUUUAUUUUGUUUAGGUUCUAGUCGUUGUCUAUCUAUGUUGGCCUGAGUGACUCCCAAUCAGAGGCAACGAGUGUCAGCUGGUUGUCUCUGAUUGGGAGCCAUAUUUAACUGUCUGUCUUUCACUUUGUGUUUGUGGUUUCUUGUUCGUGUUGGUUUGUGUUUAAACCAUAGACGUCACGUUUUUCGUUUGUUGUUUUGAUCGUGUGAUCAUUAAAUAAAUAUAAUAUGUUCAGCUUCAACGCUGCGCCUUGGUCUCUCCAUGACGAUCGUGACAAGGGGACACCUUUAUUCGUUCUGUUGCUAUGGUUAUGGCUAGGCUUAGGGUUAAAGACGCACUCCAGCUAUUUUAGAACUUUUCCUGUUGGAAAAACAAAACCCCAUAGGGCGGCAGGUAGCUUAGUGGUUAAGAGCGUAGUGCCAGUAACCGAAAGGUCGCUGGUUCUUAUCCCCGAGCCGACUAGGUGAAAAAUCUGUUGAUGUGCCCUUGAGCAAGGCACUUAACCCUAAUUGCUCCUGUAAGUCGCUCUGGAUAAGAGUACAUGCAGUUAAGUGUAAAAAAAAAAAGGGUUUUCAGCAAAAUAGUGUUUUUUAGACACAACUGCAAACUUCAAGGUGUUGGUCUGAUGGGAAUCCGUGAUGUCAUCGGCCCUCCCCCUUGUUUGAAGAACAAUAGAGGAGCAUUAGAAAACAAAAGAGGAAAGUAAUAACAAAGUAACAAAUCUCUCCCUCCACAGGUUCCAACGUGAUCCCGUCCAAAUCCAUCGGCCAGAUGAGACCGUUCCACUCCCACCACAACCUCCUGAGUCUGGCCCAGCCCUCCAGCAGCUCCAGAGUCCACCCAGAGGACAGUCACCUCCAGGCCCAGGAACAGAGGGCCCCGCUGGGGGAAGAUCUGAGCUUCACCCUGGGGGCUGCCUCAUGCUCCAGCCUGGGAGGACAGGGGGAUAACAGUGUCUGGGUGAGGCAGACGUCCCAGGAGGAGAGGGAGAAGCCCUCUCCUAGUCAUUCCAGUUAUUUCUGGGACUUCUUCACAGGGAAGGGCUCGGAGUCGGAGACCAUGGUAUGA